UACUUUUUAUGUUUGGUGUGAUUACUUUUAAACAAAAGAAAAUAGAAAAAAAAAUCCUCGCAUUUCUACUGCCGUGUCGCUGCAGUCUGGUCUACGUUGGUGGGAGUACCCCCUGCACAGGUCCCUUCUGCUGUACUGUUCCAGUAGUUGGAGUUGUUGUACAACCGAGCACGAGAGCGAGAGAGGAGAGGAGUGAGCGCGCAGCAGCUGAGUGAGCAAACAGAGGCAGAAACAUUAGGUUAUCUUCUGAUACUAUCAGACAUCGACCUGUCACUUUUACCGCUCAGAGCCAAGUCUCCUCUGCCUCAGGAGGUCCACAGCAGCAGAAACAACAGCUCCCUGGUCCGGUUUACUCUGCUCGAGCAGCUGCCUGUGAGACAAGAAAAAAGAAAAAAAGAAAAGAAAAAGAAGAAGAAAAAACUCCCCAAAGCGGCCGUCUCAGCUGGCAUGAGCUAACCUCCGAGUCAGACAUGGAAACCAAACCGUUCCUGUCAUUGGGGUUCCUGAAGCCCCAGUGCUCUUUGGCUCCUCCCAUGCAGCGAGGUCGAUCAGCUGAGGCAUGUUCGUGUUUCAGCGGUAUGUGUCCUCUCCAUCAGCGUCGCCUAUCCUCAGAUUCGUCAGGACAGAUGACCUCCUCGCCCCUCGGCUCUCCUACAUCCCAUCGAGGGAUGCACCCGUCUCUGCUCAGCCCAACCUCUAUGGGGCCCUCUGGCUCUCUCCAUUCUCCUAUCAGCACCCUGAGUUCACCAAUGAACGGACUGGCAUCACCCUUCUCCGUCAUUAGCUCACCCAUGGGACCCCACUCUAUGAACUCACCCGGCAUGGGCUACGGCCCCAGCGUCAGCCCCCAGAUGUUUCAGCUGAACUCUCCAAUGAACUCGGUCAGCAGCACGGAGGACAUUAAGCCCCCGCUGGGCCUCAACGGCGUGAUGAAGGUGCCAGCCCAGCCCUCAGGCACAGCUCUGUCGCUCACAAAACACAUCUGCGCCAUCUGCGGUGACCGCUCCUCAGGUAAACACUAUGGGGUUUACAGCUGCGAAGGCUGCAAAGGUUUCUUCAAAAGGACUGUACGCAAAGACUUAACCUACACCUGUCGCGACAACAAAGACUGUGUCAUUGAUAAACGCCAGAGGAACCGCUGUCAGUACUGCCGCUACCAGAAGUGUUUAGCCAUGGGCAUGAAGAGAGAAGUUUUGUUACAUGCAGCCGUUCAGGAGGAGCGCCAGCGAGCCAAGGACAGAAAUGAGAACGAGGUGGAGUCCACCAGCUGUGCCAACGAGGACAUGCCUGUGGAGAAGAUCCUGGAUGCUGAGCAGGCAGUGGAACCCAAAACGGAGACCUACAUCGAGGGUAGCCUCGGCGUGCCAUCCAAUUCGCCCAACGACCCAGUGACAAAUAUCUGUCAAGCAGCUGACAAGCAGCUCUUUACCCUGGUGGAGUGGGCCAAGAGGAUCCCCCACUUCUCUGAGCUGCCGUUGGACGACCAGGUCAUCCUGCUGCGGGCAGGUUGGAAUGAACUCCUUAUUGCAUCGUUUUCGCACCGUUCAAUAGCAGUAAAAGACGGGAUUCUGCUGGCGACAGGGCUGCACGUCCACCGCAACAGCGCCCAUAGCGCUGGAGUCGGAGCCAUCUUUGACAGAGUACUCACCGAACUGGUGUCAAAGAUGAGGGACAUGCAGAUGGACAAGACCGAACUGGGGUGCCUUCGAGCUAUCGUCCUUUUCAACCCAGACUCUAAAGGUCUGUCCAACCCGGGUGAAGUGGAAUCCCUAAGAGAGAAAGUCUACGCAUCUUUAGAGGCCUACUGCAAACAGAAGUACCCCGAGCAGCCGGGCAGAUUUGCCAAACUGUUGCUGCGGUUACCAGCGCUGCGCUCCAUCGGGCUCAAGUGUCUGGAGCACCUGUUCUUCUUCAAGCUGAUCGGCGACACACCCAUCGACACGUUCCUCAUGGAGAUGCUAGAAGCUCCGCAUCAAAUGACAUAAUAGCAGUGUUCCUCCUCAGCCGCCCCCCCCCAUCUUCCUCAUACCCUCCUCACACACAUCGUCUGGCAGCCUCGGAUCGGGAGCUGGGCUUUUUAUUAAAAGUCCAUCUCUAGCAAGGGACAGAUAUUAAGACUUUGGAUGGAGAGCUUCACCCUCCCCUCCUCGCUCUGUCCUUCCCUCAGUCCCAUCUAAUCCCUUCUGACUCCCUUUGAUGGGUUCAAAUCAAGGAGUCCAUCAUGCUUAUGGGUCUGUUUUAUACUGUGUAAAAAUAUAUAAAUAAGAAAUAUAUAAAUGAAUAAUCACACAACAGUGACAGUGGAAUGAAAUGUGGAUGGACGAUAAGACAGAACAUUGAGCCUUGAGAGAUGAUCAGGUUUUAACAGCCACAGUAAAGCUUGCAGGUAUAUUCACCAAAACAGCAAUGAUGUCAUGUUUGGACACUCAGCCUUUGUGAUCGGGACAAUCGUAGACUCUCGGGAAUCUCUGGGGGGGGUGCCAUUUUCUUUUUUUUUUUUUUUUUUUUUUUUAUUUUGUCUCCAACCAGACCUGAGUCUGCGCUGUCUUUCAGGCCUGGAUGGUGGAGGGGGAACAAGACGAGCCCAUCCGCCUAAAGGAACUCCUCUGUUCUGUUCGAUUCGACUGAAAACGUCGGGUCUUGCACUAACCGUUCUGGAGAUGGCUUCACAAAACUUUUCAGGCGCUCACAAACCUCAGGUCUCCCCCCAGUUCCAGCAGAUCCAACCAUGUCUUACUGUACAAGUACUGUGCAACACAGAAGAGGAUGUCGCAAUUAGUCCACAAAUCAGCCCUCGAGUAAGAGUUGGAAGAGCUGUUCAUGUUCAGCCUAUUAGCUUUAUGCUACAUGAGCAUCAUCGGAUGCUCUUUGAGGCAUCCAGGUGGCGCAGGAACAGCUUUUGCCAACAUUUUCGUUUCCACACAGCCCCACGAGGAGGGGCUGAUGCACUUGGGUGGUGGAAAAGGUGAGCGCCCGGUCUCACCUGUGAGGAAACGCCACCGUUCUGCCCUCCCAACUUCUAGUUUCCUGUGAAUUUCAGCACACCACAUAACAACCCCUCCACCCCCACCCCGACCCCUCCAACGGGGUUCUGGCUUUUUCAAAAACAACCUCAUGUUCUGUUUUUACAGAAACUUACAGCCGUACGCAGUAUUGAAAGUGUUUUUAGUUUUUCACUUUUCCAGGAGAAUGCACAAUUACCUCUGUCUCCAUCGCUCGGACCUUCUUUUUAUUUUCAAGGUUUUUUAGGCUUCGUUUGGAUAAAAGAUGCAGGAGGAGUGUUUGUCGUCGCAGCAGAGCCAUUGUUUGUUUAUUUGUUUGUUACUUGGCACUUAACCUCAUGACAGCGGAGUGGAGUUUCUAAGCAGAGAGCUGAUGUUGAUGUAAUCGACCUCUGAGGUGGAAUUUGGCCCCCAGCCCAGUUAGGAACGCCUCAAUCCUUUUCCUCCUCAGAGGGACACACACACACACACACACUGUGCACUUCUCUAAGACGACCAAGUGUCAUUUAAGUUGAACUGAAAUGUUAAAUAUCUCCAUGUUCUGUAUAGAUGUGCUUUGUGGUCCUUAUCCUCGUUUCUUUUCAGCUCUGCUUUUCUCUGAAUGCUGCAGCUGCUGCAAAACUAUGCAUCGAGUGCAUUUCCAAAGAUUGUCCUCGGAGCGACUCAAACACGACCGGUUUGGUAUUUUUUAGAACGGGUGUUUGCGAGGUGGCCGUCCACACUGUUCACAUUUUUUCUGUUCUGGUUUACUCACCAGGUUUAGUGUCUGAGAGAUCUGCUUCAGCACAUUUUAGCUAAGUUUUUUCUUUUUUCUUUUUUCGGCCCCCUACUUUAUUUUCACCGCACUUUCAUGAGCACCUUUACACACUCUGGACCUUAGAAACAACACACACACCAAAACCUGAGCACUGUGUUUUUAUGUUUUUUCAUCAAAGCAGAACGAGUGAGCAUGUGGAGUCUUCAAACCACCAUUUUUUCCCCCACCAUUUCAUUUCUGACAGAUAAAUGUAAAUAUGAUAUCACUUUACAUUACAAUUUUUUAAACUUUAAAUUAAAAAUUGAUCAUGUAUUUUAAAACUAAAUGAAAGUGGGUUUUAUAAAUGUCACUUUUAUCUAAGAGCAACCAAAUUCCACCUCAAGAUUGGUUUCUUUUUAGGUAAAAAUUAUCUUAAAAAUCAAACCUAAAAGAUUAAUCCCAUUAGCGGGUCACUGUACAUGUUUUUUUAACCACACUAACUGAUAAAUAAAAACUGAAAUCACUUCUCUUUCUAGACUCCAAAAAACACUAACUUUGAAUACAAAUGCCACAUAUCAAAUUUUUAUCAUUAUUUGGAGGUCAGCUACUUCAAAGAAAGCAUCUGCAUGCUGGGAAUUUGUAAGUUUUUCACCUCGUGAAACUGAUACCAUCAGUGUUCACGAGCCCCCCCCCAGCUCUGAAAUGUCAAGAGGCUCCACAGUUUACUUUGAGUUUACUUUGGGUGUGAGCAAAGGUUGGGAGAGGAGAAAGUGAGGCGACGUGCUGGCAGUUUGAAGAGCUGCCGGCUCCCUCUGGUGGAAGAGCAGCGCAACUACUUGAAUUUUUCCUCCCAAGUAUUUUAAAUCAGACAAAUAGACGGCACUUUGUGAUCAUCGCUGCUUCGGAUCGGAGGGAAAACAUCAGCCUCGGCUUGUUAAAACACUGAAAAAGUAGCAAUAACAUUUAUCUGGUCCGUUGUUACCCAAUAGCCCUCGGUGAGGUGGCCUGUACUCGCAUCUUAACCAGGUGACAGUAUUAACUGCCAGCUUGAGCUCAGUUUACAGUAUUUAUAUUUUAUGGAUGUGGGGGAGGGAGGGGGGUGUUCUGUUAAAACAAAGAUUUUUCUGUAACAGCAGAAGAUGACGACUUUUUUAAGAGGCUGAUUUUAAUCAAAAAAGCUGAUCAACAAUCAAAAUGUUAAAGUGAAUAUAUCUUUAGUCUGAUGUCACUUCCUCUCCAGCUGUCUGUGAUCAGUGGCUGCAGGUGUCUUAAGCCAUAUAAAGAGGAUGCAAGAUCUCGAUCCAGCCCCCCUGCAGAAAAUGGACAGAUGUGGAUCUUCUAAAAAAAAAAAGAUAAAGACAUGAUCACCCACAUGAAUGCUUUAUAACAUAAAGCUCUAUUUUGUCAAUAUGUAUAUGUGUAUAUAUUUAUAAAUAUAUAUCGGCAGAUCUGUUUCUUGAGUAUUUCCAAAAUCAAAAAGAGGGAGAAAAAAUUUUCAGACCAAAUUUUGUUUUGUUUUUUUAUCACAAAUAUGGGGGGGGGGGGGGUUGCAUUUAAAUCUCAAUGAAAUGAACCCUGAUCAACCAGCAGAACUGCAGCAGCUGCCAACUCAAAACAACCAGCUUCUCGGCCGUUUAUGUGACCUCAGAAAUUAAAAUAUGGAGAGAAAAAUAAGAAUAGAGAAGAAAAAAAAAAGGUUAAGACUUUCAAUCCUCCAAACUGUGUGUUGCUUAGCAAUUGUAUGUUCAGUGUAAUCAGGAAAAGCCAAGCUUGUGACACAAUCACUGCUUUCUUUGUUGCAUAGACAGUAAAAAUGUUCUAGUUUAAAAGA